GUACCUGAAAAUCAUCGUUUGUGAUGAGGAGCUGUAUGGAGAGUGUGCGGUUACGGUCAGACAGCAGAUCUGGCUCAAAAAUGGAGAUUUAUUCACGCAAACCGUUGCCCCUGUUCUCGCGCAGUAUAUCGUUGCCAAACGGAAUUUGGAAUGCAACAUUGACCCGUCGACCACCAACUUUUUCAACGCGGAAACGACAAAGACCCGGCGGCAACAGCCCCAGGUGCAAGAAUUGACGCAAAUGAUCGGGGAGCACGAGCAGCUGUACGAAAAAGUGAUGGAGAUCAUCAAGGCGAGGUACGCGGAAACCGGCAAUGCCCAUUUCUGCUCGUUAAAAAUGGAGCUGCUGAUGGCGGCCCACGACGCGAACAUCGAGACGUCAACGCGGAUUGACCCGGGCUACGAGCUGGCGAAAUGCCUGGACGCCUGCGUGCGCGAACGGCAUAUGGACAACAAUUUGGCAACCAGGUUGAGAAGUGCGCUGGAAAAGAAAUUGGAGCCUGAGGAAUUGGCGGAUGUGGCGAUGGUGGCCUGGGACACGCACGUGGUCCAUUUUCUCUGCUCCAUCAUUGUCAAGCUUCUCCGGGAUUCCUCAGCGCUGCCGCGCGACUCGCAGAGUAUGCAGCUGCUCAUCAAAGUAUUGGCCCUGGGCGCUAAUAGUCAUAAAAUCGUCUCCUCGCCCGAGACAAUUCCCAGCAACCUGAUCGACGCGAUAUUUUUCACGAAAUUCCUGCCAACACUGGGGAAAAUGGUCGUGGAGGACGUGAUGCGGAUUGAAAUCGCCAAGGGGACAAUGGACGUCAGCGAGGAGUUCAGCCACAGCACCCUCCUCAGCGAGGCCCCAGACGUGGCAAUGACUUUUGUGAAGGCCGAUAUGUGCGCCUCGCUGCUGUGGCUUCACCAGAUGAUCGAAAUGUUUCCGAAUAAGAAGAGAGGCGUCGAUAUGAGGGGAUUUUUACGAUACGCUCGGCAUAUGCACGAAUUGAGGGGAAAGUUAGCAGUGCACGGGCCGUGGGGCCAUUUCCUGAUCCACCGUAUGAUAUCGGCCGCCAUUUCCGAGGGGAUACUUGCCGAUGACGCCUGCUUCCGCAUCUUGAUCGAUCGGCUGCUAAUCGAGAACUUAAAGGAAGAACCCAACGUGAAAUACCAUCUUCUGCGUAUCGUCUACCAAUUACACGGCCAAUUGGGCAUGCAGAAAUCGAGCGAGCUGAUGGAGCAGAUUUCCCCGGAGAAUCUCGGCGAGCUACCGGAAGCCGAUAAGGAAAAAUACGAAAAGGACUACAACAAAACCAUUGAGCGCAUCACGCCAAAGCCGGAAGAAGAAGCACCGCCCCAGCCGAUGCCCCAGAUGACCCCAGCCCAUCCGAUGAUGGGGCCGCCCACUGCGCAGAAAAUCGGCCCAAAAAUGCACCCGUCGAUGACGCCCGGGCCGCGGCAAUUCGCUACCCCAGGCCCAACACGCCCACAAUUCAUGACGCCACGACAU